AUGCUGAGAAGUCUGAAAGGACUCGUCUGCCAUCCUCUAAAGUUGGACCAUGUCUAUGCCCUCCAUACGACAGCCAAGGGCUGCUUAAGUUCCCCUGUCAGCUGGGAUGCCGCAGCACUGGCGGGAGGAUCAAGAGCAGUUUUCUACACCAGCGAGGACGACCCGGCCAACCACGCAGAACGCCACGAGGGCCGCCAUUACAGCAUUCCACUGGAGGAGGUGAAGGCUGUGUUUCCACACGGACUGCCCCCCCGCUUCCAGCAGCAGAUUAAGACCUUCAAUGAAGCCUGCCUGAUGGUGCGAAAACCAGCGCUAGAACUUCUCUCUUACCUGAAGAGCUCCAACUUUGCACACCCAGCUGUCAGAUAUGUGAUCUAUGGUGAGAAAGGAACGGGGAAAACCAUGACGCUGUGUCACGUGGUUCACUACUGCGCGAGGCAGGGCUGGCUGGUGCUGCACAUCCCAGACGGUAAGAACGCCGGCGCUGUCCGUGUCACUGCGUCAGGUACGCUUGCUGGGCCGGAAGAUGCUUCUUCACGUAUAAAAACACAAAAAAAAUACGUGUGGGGCAAACGAGACAGCACGGAGGAGGGCAGCCCGUUGGGAGAAGUGGUGGAGCAGGGUUUAGCUCGCGUGCGAAAUGCCAGUGAUGCGGUAGGGGCUGUGCUGAAAGAGAUAAAGCAGCAAUGUCGCCUCGGCUCAUUCCGACUUCUGGUGGCGGUGGACGGUGUCAACGCGCUCUGGGGAAGGACUACGUUAAAGAAGGAAGACAAAAGCCCUGUUUCUCCAGAGGAGCUGACACUCGUGUACAACCUGAGGAAGAUGAUGAUGAAUGACUGGAGCGGCGGUGCCGUCGUGACCACCCUCAGCCCCCCUGCGCCCCGCGGCCCGGCCGCCGGCUCGGCCUGGUCCGAUUACCUGCGCCUGCCCCUGCACCCCAAGAGCCUCUACGUCAUCCGCCAGUACCUGCACGACGGGGAGUGUGGCUGCCUGGAAGCCUUCGGACAAGGCGAAAGUCUCCUGCAGGAUCCUGGCUGCGCGGAGGAGGUGGAAGAUCGGCUGCAUUUCUAUGCCGAGGAGUGCGACCAGCUGCAGGGGUUUCAAGUCCUCUGCGACCUGCACAAUGGAUUCUCCGGCGUUGGGGCCAAGGUGACAGAGCUGCUCUACGAUGAGUACGCGGGAAAAGGAAUCCUGACCUGGGGCCUGACCCCAGUCACCAGCAACGUGGGAGAUUCUCCGAAGAAUCUCUACCGCCUGAUGAACACAGCCCUCGGCAUCGUCCACCUCUCCCGGCACAGCUCGCUCUUCUGCCCGCUGUCGCUCAGCGGGACCCUGGGACUCAAGCCCCAGGCGCCCGUUACGUUUCCGUACAUAACCUGUGACGCCUCGCUUAACUACCACAGCAGCGCGAUUCUGGCAGCAGCGCUCGAUACCCUCACUGCUCCGUACCGGCUCUGUUCCUCUCCGGGCUCCAUGAUGCACCUCGCCGAGACGCUGAACUUCUCAGGGAGAAAGGUGGUGGCUGCGUGGGCUUCUGUUCCCUUCCCUGCCCGCCAUGGCUACUCGCUCGCCGAUACCUUGUGCGCCUACCAGCAGGACGUGCCCUGGAAGCUUCUGUCUUCGUGCCCGGAGCAAAAGGCCAGCCGCUGUUUCGCGCAGUCGGUUGUGCUCCGAGGAGUUCGCAAGGAAGGGCGCCGCAGCAGCCCUCCGGGACAGCAGCCCGCGUCCCCGCUCCACGCCUGCGAGAGCAGCGAGCAGGUUCUGCAGCGUUACCUACACACGGUGUUCCCAGGGGCGUUCAGCACAUCCCACGUGCUCCAGCAGCCGUGUAACACCCGACCUCCGUACCCCCAGUUUUUUUCUCCUCUUCUGAGCAGAGAAGGCUUCCUCCUGGACAGACCUCCCGGUUCUUCCUCAGCAGCUGUUGAAAGCAUCCCCGCCCUCACGGCCCUGCAGUCCUCGCCGGUUCUGCACACGCUCCUCUACGGCUUGUACAAGGACCUACGGCGGCUGAACCCGCGGCGAUGGGCCAGCUUCUUCUCUGCCGGGGUGGAGCACGGUGACUUCCAGGAGGACUUGGAGGAGCUGAGGACUCUGUCCCAGUGCUACGAAACGGGGCUUGGAGCCGAUGAAUCUGAAGAUGAAGCAGAUUCAGACUAA